AUGGGCUUCAAAGAUUGUCUGCAGAAUCCAAACACCCUUUCGUCCAUCAACGGCGUAAUAAGUCUGUUGAAUGGGGGAGCUUCGGAUCAUGAAUGUUAUGCUUGGUUGCAUCAACUCUUGAUUAAAAUAUUCGGAUUUGCAAAUAAUACGGGAGGUUGGCUUGUGGAUGCCGAAACUGAUGAGAUGAUUUAUGAUGCCGUGGUUAAAUUAUUGGAUCCACAUGGACCUCUUUUUAAAGUUCUUCUCGGAAAUAAUCAAAAUAUGUAUCAAUUUCCAAUGAACAGGCUUUCCUUCGGGAUGCAAUCAUUUAUUCAACAGUUGAAAAGAAAAUCAAAAGCUACUAGCGAUGACUAUAAUAUUCUCGGUGUGUAUCAACACACACUCUCCUAUCGAUACUUUUUGAGAAAGAUUAAUUCAGCUUCUACUCGAGAUAAUGGUUCCUUCUUUGUCCUGAAUACUUUUGAGUACUAUUUGUUUUGCUUCUUCUACUUUUUAACCACCAACACUAGGAUUACCCUAAAAACUCAAAGCAAGCAGCCCUCGUUUGAGUCUGAUAAUAGUUUUUUUUCAAAAUUAGCUCCAGUAAGACCUGAGGCAUCGAGACAGGUCAAAAGAGAACCUGUUACUGUUUAUUUGUUAAGCAAAUAUUUGAACUUCUUUUUUCCUCUCGAUGGGCACACCUCCAGAGACGCCCUAAUUUCCAAUAUGUUUUUGUCUAUUCUUUCAGAUUAUUUGUUCAAUCAGAUUAUUCAAGAAUAUGGCCAACCUUACUCAUUUUCAUCGGAAAUGUUGACAGACCCUGCUAGAUUUUCUUACUUUGCGUCUGUUACUGUGAAACAUUGUCUAAAGGUGCUUUCUUCGUCAUCAGACAUUUACAAACUGUUCGAUGAGCCACAUGCAGCAGUAAACUACAAGGAUGAAAAUUUUGCAGCAAAAACUGCUCCUUAUUCACAUAUUCAAUAUGCUGCAUAUCGAUUUUUAAAGGCACUUUUUACAGAUUUCCCAUAUGACAAACCAUUUCCUCUCAAGUACACUAUUAGUUUAUGGAAAAGUCUAAUGAUGCCAUGGAGAUUAUUGAAUAACAGCAAUCAAAAUCCAUGGCCUCUUUACGUUACCUCGAAUUGGUGCUUUUAUUCAUCAUUAUUUUACUAUUUCUUGAACUUCAGAUUUCCUUCUGAUUUUUCUAGCGCAUCCUUGUUAGAUCUAGAAAGUAUCUCUGCGCUUCUUGAUGUCUUCAAAGAACCAAAACUAUUGGAAUUGCUGAAACAAAUUGACAAUAUCAUUUCCACAAUUAAUGUACAAGAAGGAAUUCUAUUAUCUCAUAUGAACAUUUGUGAAACAGAACUUUCUAGGAUUGCCCACCUUUUUUCUUUGGAUACUAUCGAUCUGGUGAAUCAAAAGAUAACAGAAAUGCAAGUGACUAAAUCUCAUCAAUUGAGCAGCUCUCCAAGAAUUAUGAGCUUACUUACCAAUAGAGGAAAAAACGGUGCAGAUACAAACGUCAGACUAACGUUAAUCACAAAAAUAGCUUCAAAACUUUCGGCCAUCUUUGAUUUGGAUGACCAAGUCAACGACCCACUCAGAACUCCAUCCGUUUACUCUCCUCGCAGUUUAACAGGCCUUUCCCCACUUGAGAGUCCCGACACAAUACCAGAAAAUAUUUUACAAACAACAUCAAUUUUUCAUGAAGCAGACUCGUUUUCGUUCACUCACGGUAUGAGAAAAUUAUCGCCUAUUGAUCUAGAUCAUUUCAUCAAUGGAAGAUUUAAAUGUCAAAAGAUGGAUGCAGCAUUCAAAUACAAUAUUCUCUAUAGACCCAUAGAAACAAAUGAAAUUUCUUGGCUAGUUGUUCCAACCAUUCGAUGGUCCGAAUGGAUUUUCAACAAAUUUGGGAAGCAUGUGAAUUUGAGAGCAUUGGCAAAUAUUUCCAAUUUAUUAUUUAUUGCACUUGCAUUUAUGUUUGUUUACCUUCUCUUCCUUUUUUACAGCAUGAUCAGCUUUUAA